AUGGGGCACGAAAAACGAGGAAGUCUUCGCCCACGGAAGGAAGGUGGCCACAGGAGGCGACAGGAGAGCCAGAGGGAGGUCUUGUCUGUGGCCCCAGGAGGUCUGGCCGGAACCAACAGGCCGGGCGUGGCUCUGACAGAAGCUGCCGUCGGGAAGCGCCCCAGGAGCGCCCGGCAUUCCUGGAUGUCUGCUGGGGAGAGGGCGUCGAGCCUGCCUGUGCAGAGGCAGUCCACCUUGGCACGCCAGCGCCAGACAGGGAGGGUGCGGGACCGGGCGUGCCGGAGAGGCGGGGGCUGCAGCGCUCCAUCCCCGGCGCCCUCGGGGCCUCCGCGCGUCACGUGCCAGCCAGCACGCCCCGCCACUCCAGCGGCCGCCCCAGUCGCCGGCCCGGCCCGGCCCGGAAGGAGGAGGAGGAGGAGGGAAGGCGGGAGCCUCGCCUCGCCGCCGCCGCCGCCCCUGCUGACAUCACUCGCCGCGGAGGCGGAGGACGAGGAGGAGGAGGAGGCGGCCGCCCAGGUCCCGCCGCGCCUGCCGGCUGCGGGCGCUCUGCACAUGCUCUCGGGCGCCCCCGGCUCUUGCUCGCCUCUCGCCGGGGCAGCCUUCUCCCGAGCGCCCCCGCCGCCCUGGCUCCAGCUCCGGCGCAGCGGGCGAUGGAGCCCCCCGACGGGCGAGCCCUCGACGGCGCCUCCCGGGCGACGCCUCAGCUUCCCCGCCGCCCGGCCCUGCUUCGCCUCGGGCGCCCCACGCGCUCCUCCCCGGCCGGGCGCACUGCCCCUGCCCAGGGAAGCUCAGGCGGCGCGGCCCCGGUGGCUCCUGGCAGGGCGUGCCCGCGGGCCUCUCCUGGCCGUCGGGGCUGGCCCCCUUCCUCCGGCGCCCGGGACUUUCGCAGCCGUCCAGGCGGAGACUUAUCACGCGCUGGCCUCGCAUUCCUGCGCGUCCCAGGCGGCGGAGGGGGGGGGGGCGGCGAUCCUUUAG